UAUCUCCUCAGCUCGAGUCUUCUUGAGAUCUCGAGUCGUUUUUUCGUCUCUAGAAAAGCAGUUCCGCAGCCAUUGUGCAGUGAUUCAACAGGCGACUGUGCAUCAACUUUCAGACGUUGAUCCAGACAUUUGUGACAUGGCGACAACAGAGAGCGAACAAGGUGUGAAUGACGUCAGGAGAGGAGCAGCAGGGUGUUCUGCUAACAGUGUUCUCACCUGGCAAGGAGAAAGAUGUGAGGAGUUCGGGGAAGAGUCCAGCGGGCGAGGCAAAGGUGUGAGGGUGUACAGGUGUGAGGAGUGCAGCAGGCAGUUCAGUCGGCCCAGUAGUCUGAAGAGACACAUGCAGACUCAUCUAGGGGUAAAACCCUACAGGUGCGAGGAAUGCGGCAAGCAGUUCAGUCAGUUGGAUGAUCUGAAGAAGCACAAACGGACGCAUACAGGAGAGAAACCCUACAGGUGUGAGGAGUGCUGCAAGCAGUUCAGUCAGUUGUGUGAUCUGAAGAGACACAAACGGACUCACACAGGAGAGAAACCCUACAGAUGUGAGGAGUGCAGCAUGCAGUUCAGUCAGUUGGGUCAUCUGAAGUCUCACAUGCGGACUCACACAGGGGAAAAACCCUACAAGUGUGAGGAGUGCAGCAGGCAGUUCAGUCAGUUGAGUGAUCUGAAGAAGCACAAACGGACUCAUACAGGAGAAAAACCAUACACGUGUGAGGAGUGCAGCAGGCAGUUCAGUGAGCUGGCUAGUCUGAAGAGACACAUGCGGACUCACACAGGAGAGAAACCCUACAGAUGUGAGGAUUGCAGCAGGCAGUUCAGUGAUCUGCGUAAUCUGAAAAGACACAUGCGUACUCACACAGGUGAGAAACCUUACGGGUGUGAGGAGUGCAGCAGGCCGUUCAGUCAGUUGGGUCAUUUGAAGACUCACAUGAACACCCACAUGAGAAAAAUCCAACAGUAGUAACGCCUUUGGCAUACUGUUUAGGACGACAAGUUUUGUUGUUUAUUGCUUUUGAUGCACAAUGUGAGAACUGUAUUGAUGUUAGGGGAGCAAGCAGGAUGAUUUGUGCACAAGAGUUUUACCAGUGUAGAUAGUGAACCAGAAGACCAUCUAGUGAUGACAUGUUGACGGAGUUGUGUUCUUUUACAUUAAUGUUAGUUCACCUUUAUCCGUUGUAUUUAACACCAGGGUAUUGCGGGAUGUCAAGUCAACGCACAGUGGUCUCAAAUUUAUGAUGAAAAAAAUGCAAUCCGAAGCCUCCCCACCGUCCAUCAAUGUGGCAUCCCUAAACAGUCUGUUUUUAGGUACAACGGAUAUAGGUUACCCCACGAAUAAAGUUGAACUAGCGUCAUUUUGUUUGAGAUGACAUCGCCUAAGUUGUUUGUGACAUCUUAACUAUAUCUUUAAUCAUUGUAGAUUGAAUGCUUUAGUUGAAGCCAAACAUGUGUACGUAGCCUGAUCUGUAUCCUUAUUCUUCAACAGAAAGAGGAGAGAGUUGAUUUAGGACAGUCUUAGUAUGUUGAUUUCUCAUAUUGUAGCUCCAUAUAUAGUUUUGUUGGUUAACAAAGUAGUUCUGUCAUGUCUGUUGGAAGUAAUAACAAUUUAUUUUUCCUUGCACACAUCUUUUGUAUUUCAAUUAUAUUGUUUGCGUUAACUGUUACUAAGUUGUUGUAUUGACAAUUUUCUAUCAGUUUACAAUUCCAGUAUUAAAUCUACAAAAAUUGAAAAAAGACAGGACGGAUACGCCACAAGGAUGAGAGAUAACGAGACUAUGUUGAUUUGAAGAGAAAGAAAUGUUUUCAGCUUGUUGAUUCGUUAACUGUUACAGGUCAUUUCGAUAUAAGGGGUGAAAUAGUCUUAUUAUAGGUUAAAGAUUUAAUAGUUUUAUGGGAUAAUUUGUUUAAUCACGAGGUAGUUCUAGUUAUCGUUGGUUAAAUGUUAUGUAGCCCUAUAUGUUAUUUUGUAAAGUUUUCUAGAGGGUUCACUGAGAUAUUUAUAACUUAUCUUUUACUAAGGAGUUCUCGUAAAGACAGCAGUUGAUAACACUUUUUUCAGGGUCUGAUAUAUUGUACAGUACAUUGUUUUUGUAUUUGUUUUGUUACUUUUCUAUUACAUUGUUAACUUUGUUGUUGUGUUG